CUCGGCUUCCAUGCACAGCUCAGCACCACUGCUGGCCGGCCCGCCAGCCUUCCAGACCAUGGCCAACCUCAAGCACACCUUCAUCCCCAUCAAGCUGGACGUGCAGCGUGGCCUGGUGGGUGAGAUCAUCAAGUCCUUCGAGCAGAAGGGAUUCCGCCUCAUGGCCAUGAAGUUCUUUCGAGCCUCUGAGGAACACCUGAAGCAGCACUACAUUGACCUGAAAGACCGCCCAUUCUUCCCUGGACUGGUGAAGUACAUGAACUCAGGCCCUGUUGUGGCUGUGGAACAUCAUUCAUGGCAGCAACUCAGUAAAAAGUGUUGAAAAAGAAAUCAGCCUGUGGUCUAAGCCUGAAGAAUGGCUUGACUACAAGUCCUGCGCUUAUGACUGGGUCCAUGAAUAAGAGGUGAACAAAGCAGCAGUCCCCUUCAACACUGCUUGGUGUGUCCCUGGACAUAGAUCUUCAUUCCAUUGACUUGGAAGCAAUAGGAUUGAUUAUUCUUUUUUAAAGCAUAAUU